UUAUCAAGUGAUGUCGUGAAUCUUUGUUUACAAAGUAGCGAGACAACACCGAUCGAUUGUAGCAAGCAGUCAGCGGCUGCCGCAAGUCUCAUUUACAAGACAGUAAUUCCUAUAUUGUGCGCGAUCGGUUGAAUAAAUCAAAGUUUAUGAAGAAGUGUAUGUGAUAUUAUAUUUUUUGCCUUAUUAAUCGUUACGAAUUUGUAUUUUCUUGUAGUGUUUUUGUAAAGUGUUGUUAAUAAAGUAGUGCAACUGAUUUGAUCAUGUCACCACAAAUGAGAAUGAUAACGCGCGUCAGUCGUUUGUUGUCUGGCGUCGCGGCACGUUCUGGUGCCGUCGAAAUUGUUGUGGACCCCUUGAGAAGCCUUGGAACAGCUCGGACCAUGGCCAGCAAAGUUUUAAAUGCCGAUAAUUUGAACCCAAAUGUGCUAAAAUUGGAAUAUGCGGUGCGCGGCCCUUUGGUGAUUCGCGCUGCCGAGAUCGAAAAAGAACUACAAAAGGGUGCUCAAAAACCAUUCAAAAAGGUGAUCAGAGCCAACAUUGGAGAUGCCCAUGCCAUGGGACAGCAGCCCAUUACUUUCAUCAGACAGGUGUUAGCAUGUGUGACGUUACCCGAAAUUAUCGAUAAGGGCGGCUACCCGGAAGACGUCAAACAGAGGGCAAGGGAGAUCCUGAAUGCAUGCGGGGGCAAGUCGGUGGGCGCGUACACGAUGUCGCACGGCAUCGAGCUGAUCCGGCGGCACGUGGCCGAGUACAUCGAGCGGCGUGACGGCCACCCGGCCAACUGGCAGGACAUCUGCCUGUCCGCCGGCGCCUCCAACGCCAUCAAGAACGUUCUGCAGCUGUUCUGCAACACCAUCGAUGGGAAGCCUUCAGGUGUGAUGAUCCCGAUCCCGCAGUACCCAUUAUACUCGGCGUCCUUGGCGGAGUAUGGCCUGUGCCAGUGUGGGUACUACCUCAACGAGGAGACCAACUGGGGCCUCGACGUCUCCGAGCUGGAGCGCGCUAGAGAAGAGUGCUUGAAGCGCUGCGCUGUGCGCGCGCUGGUGGUCAUCAACCCCGGCAACCCUACGGGCCAGGUGCUGACCCGCGAGAACAUCGAGUCGAUCAUCAAGUUCGCGCACAAGCACAAGCUGUUCAUCUUCGCCGACGAGGUGUACCAGGACAACGUGUACGCGGAGGGAAGCAAGUUCUUCUCUUUCAAGAAGGUGUUGAGAGAGAUGGGCGGGCCCUACGACAAAGAAGUGGAGCUGGCCUCAUUCAUGUCGGUCAGCAAGGGCUACGCGGGCGAGUGCGGCCUGCGCGGCGGCUGGAUGGAGCUCGUCAACAUGGAGCCCGUGGUGCAGGCCAACCUUUACAAGGCCAUCUCCGCCAUGCUGUGCCCCACCACGCUGGGGCAGACCACCGUCGAUUGUGUGGCUAAGCCGCCGCAGCAAGGCGAGCCGUCAUACGACCUGUGGUUGAAGGAGAAGACAGCGGUGUUGGACUCGCUGAACAAGCGCGCCAAGAUGAUCGCCGAGACCUUCAACAAGAUGGAAGGCUUCUCCUGCCAGGUCGUGCAGGGCGCCAUGUACGCGUUCCCUCAGUUCCAGCUGCCGGCGCGCGCGGUGGAGGCGGCCAAGAAGGCGGGCAAGGCGCCCGACGUCUACUACGCCUUCAAGCUGCUCGAGGAGACCGGAAUCUGCGUUGUGCCGGGCAGCGGGUUCGGGCAGCGGCCGGGCACGUACCACUUCCGCACCACCAUCCUGCCGCAGCCCGCGCUGCUGCAAGAAAUGCUCGACGUCUUCCAGGCCUUCCACAAGAAGUUCACCGCCGAGUACUCCAAGUAGACCACCACCCAACACCACCACCGGGGGCCUAGGAUGCCGCGAUGAGCUUUUGUCGCGCUGUGUUAACGAUUUUACGCGAUAUGCUCAUAUUAUGUUUAUCGUUUAAUCCUGUGUUCCGCAAACUUUUUGUGUUUAAGGUACAUCUAAAGCAGUCUUUCCCAAAGUGGGCGAUAACGCCCUCUUGUGGGCCGCUGCAGGCUUAAAGGAGGGCGGUAAGAGACCCAGAAAAAAAUAUCGGGACGUUGUGUAGAGGCUUGGGAGGCGUCAUUUACUAGGAGGACUCUUAGACACCGACUGAGCACUCGACACUCGACUACAAAUGGGGGCGCUAAAAAGAAUUUAUUCUCAAAGUGGGCAGUAGACAAAAUAAGUUUGGGAACCGCUGAUCUAAAGCCUGGUCCGUGAGCACGUAGAAUUUUGUCCAAUGACCCCAAGCUACCCAUCCUUAUCGCUCGCGCGUAAUUAUGUUGCUGUCGCGCUCGCACACUCACUGCGGGCGCCCGUCGCACAGUCGCGAUAGCAACAUUGCAUCAGGGUCAUUGGACAAAAUUCUACGUGCUCACGGACCAGGCUUUAGAAAACUAUUUUUUUUGGAGUUUAUUAAGGUUACCUUUAUUAAGGUUCGGCCAAACCAACGCGAUCACACGCGGUCAGCUGGUGUGCAGCGAUGGCGACCAGACUUAUGCAUUAAUCGCCAUCGCUGCACGCCGUCUGAUCGCGUUGGUUUGGCUGAACCUUUAGUAUUACCCUUACUUACUUAAUAAAAAUAAGUUUGUAAGAUAACCCUAUUUUUCUGAGGCACACCAUCUAAUGAGCACGGUACACGUUUGCGGAACACUGGUCUAAUCGAUAAGAUUAUAUCACGGCUCGUCUAGGAGCCCGGCUGGAUCAAGGAACACAUCACGUGCGGUAACGCUGCGAACUACUACACCUAUAUGCCCGUACUAUAUUUGUUACGACAAGUCCCGCUGUUUUAUUGGAACUAAAGACGGCUAUGGAACUGCUGGGAUACUCCGAAGAACAUCCGAUGUUUCGAAUUUUGCCAUCCCUCUCACGCAAAAUGAGAUGCCAGCAUGAGUGACGGUGACAGAUAAACCCGAAAACGUUUCAGAGUAGUCCUGCUGUUCCCAAUUAUUUUAAUUUGGUUUUCAAAAGACGGAAUCUCUGUCCAAACGAAAGUGUGAAAUGUGACAGACAAUGUCAUGUUCAAUGUUAAUUUUAAACAGUGUAACAGUUACAGACAAGGGAAAUAAAAUUAAACAACAUUAGAAAAUAAUACGUUUUUGAAUGAAGUAAUCUUAGUAAUUUUUGGGAAGAAAUAAAGGAUGAUCUAAAUUCUUCAAUCGACCAAAGCUAAGCGGUGCGAUAUUACUACUUAUUUUUAUUAUUACCUAUUUAGGUAUUUUACACUUUUAAAUGUUGCUCUAAACGUUUAAAACAGCGGGUGUCCAUCGUAAUGAUUUACCAGUGUUAUCAAGGCUAUGCACACAGGACCCCAGUGUUACUAUGUAGUUGGUAUAAAAUAAUUAGUGUGUUAAAACUACUCAUUAAUUAAAUAGUUAUCAUGUAGGUAAUUAUUACAGGGACUGGCAUCUCUUUUAAAGGUUUUAAGGAAAACCUGUAAUAUGAGAGGCACACUCUUUCAGUCAAUAGUUACUACAAUAACAUAAAAAAAUAGCAAAAGUAUUAAAAAUUACACUAAAAAGACAACUUAGUUUACUACAAGUUGAAGUCGUAAUGCCGUUUAGUUUGUCUGCUUGAUAGAAAGAGGCAUUAAAACCAUAAUUUAAGGACACGUGUGCACUAACAAAUAAAUAAACGCAAUCCAAGAGCAAGAAAAUGUAUUUGCAAGAACCUCUUGAAAACUUUGGCUAAAUCGACUUGUAUGUAGGAGUUUAUAGAGUAUUGAUUAAAGUAGUUGUAACUACAUAAAAUAAUGCCAUAUCUAGUUCAAUAUAAAUUGAUUACAAUAUAAAUUGAGCAGUUUUCGUAAUUAUUAUUUUUAAGUCUUCAUUGAAGUUGUAGUUUGUUUGAAUUUAUCGGAGUCCAAAAAUAAAUACAAGAUUUUGAAAAUCCAGAGAUAUUAUUUGUAAAUUGUAUGUUAUUAUUUUGUAUAUUAUGUUAUGAAAUCUUGAUUGGUUCAUAGUCUUGGCUGUGCCAUUAUUUGCACAAUUCGUUAUUGUUUAUCCAAAAUGUGUUUCACCAUUCUCGAGUCGUGUUGUAGUGAUGUAUUUUGAGUAAGUUUUUAUAAGUUUGGCAUUUUUAUUAUUACCAACUGCCUCUUACAUUUAAAGUUGUUCACAAAUGUGACAAUAAUGAUAUUAUUAUAUAAAUAUAUUAUCGGAAACUUUAUACGCUUCGUAGUUUCUCUGAAUCUGCCAUAUUUAGGAGAAUAAACAUCAUUUACUUAUUUUCCAAAACUCAGUCAUUUGCGACACAUUUAUUUUGUAUUUCCUUCACUAAUUUAUCGUGUAUUUUAAAUUGUGUAAUUUAAGUCGCAGGGAUAUUGACUUGCACGUGAAUAUCGUUUGAAAGGUGCUACCAAGCUCAGGUUGAAUUAUUUUAUAAGUAUUUAUUACUUAUUGUUUGUAUAGAGCGUGCAAGUGUAAGCAAGCGAAGGCUCGAACAUUCCUCGACCGCAGAGAUUAGAAGCGUUGUUAAGCAUUGUUAUUGAUUAAAUAAAGUGAGUAUUCAAGGA